UUCCGACAUUUCUGAAGGCCAAGAAUUUAUCUUUAUCCAGCUUCUCUGGAAUUUGAAAGUUAGUUCUUUGAAGUCCCUUCUCUCCUCUUCUUUCUUGGCAUUCAUUUCAUCUUCAAAAUCUAAUCCCCCAACAAAGCCCUUCCUGCUCCAUGUCAGCUGUUUCCCAACUCACCAUAUCUUCGCCUUCAGCCAUCCCAACCCCCACAAUUCUUCUCAAAACCCUCUCUUAUCCCCUCUCCCUCACCCACUUCAAACAAGUCCACGCUCAAGUCCUCCGUUCCACCCACCCUCCCUCGCAUUCUCUCCUCCUCAAGCUCCUCCUCUCUUCCCCUUCCCUUCCUUACUCUCUCUCCAUCUUUUCCCACCUCCCCAACCCUCUCCCUCCCCUCUCCACCCCCUUUCUCCGCCACCUCUCUCGCAGCUCCAAUCCCCAAUUCGCUCUCUUGGUGUACCAGAGACUCAGGAAUGAAGGGAUGCCAAUUGACAGGUUCGCUUUUCCUCCGCUUUUAAAGGCUGCCGCCAGGGCUGGAGGGUUGGCUGAAGGUAAAGAGAUUCAUGGCUUUGGACUUAAGUCGGGUUUGGAUUCAGACCCGUUUGUGCAGACGGGUGUCAUGAGGUUGUAUGUUAGCUGUAGGAGACUCCUGGAGGCCCGGUUGGUGUUUGAUAGAAUGUCUUACCGAGAUGUUGUUGCAUGGAGUAUUAUGAUAGAUGGUUACUGUCAGAGUGAACUUUUUGAUGACGCAUUGGAACUUUUUGAGGAGAUGAAGAGGGAUAAUAUUGAAGCUGAUAAUUUUAUUUUUUCCAGUGUUCUUUCUGCUUGUGGUCAUGUUGGGAAUCUGGAUUAUGGGAAAGCAGUACAUGACUACAUUAUUCAAAAUGAUCGUGUGGUUGAUGCUCAUUUAAGGUGUGCUCUUGUGACGAUGUAUACAAGUUGUGGUUGCAUGGAUAUGGCUCAGCAAUUGUAUGACCAGAUGAUGCCCAAGAACAUGGUUGUUUCAACGGCUAUGAUUUCUGGGUAUUCAAGACAUGGACGAGUCUUGGAUGCUCGAUUGAUUUUUGAUCAAAUGGUAGAGAAGGACUUGGUGUGUUGGAGUGCAAUGAUAUCUUGUUAUGCUGAGAGUGAUCAACCUCAAGAGGCUCUUAGAUUUUUUAAUGAACUGCAAACUCUAGGAAUAAGACCAGAUCAGGUGACCGUGCUGAGUGUUAUAUCGGCUUGUGCGCAUCUGGGUGUACUAGAUAAAGCUAAAUGGAUACAUGUAUAUGCUGAUAAGAACGGUUUUGGAGGAGCUUUGGCUGUUAAUAAUGCUCUCAUUGAUAUGUAUGCCAAAUGUGGGAGUUUGGAAAGAGCAAGAGAUGUUUUUGAGAGAAUGAGAAGCAGAAAUGUGAUAUCUUGGUCCAGUAUGAUCAAUGCAUUUGCUAUGCAUGGGGAUGCAAAUAAUGCUUUAAGUUUCUUUCAUAAAAUGAAAGAGGCCGGUGUUGAGCCAAAUAGAGUUACAUUUGUGGGUGUGCUUUAUGCUUGUAGCCAUGCAGGGUUGGUUGAGGAGGGCCGAAAAAUCUUUGCAUCCAUGAUUAAUGAACACAUGAUCACUCCUACACAUGAACAUUACGGUUGCAUGGUUGACCUCUUUGGCCGUGCUAAUCUCUUGAGAGAAGCUGUUGAGAUUGUGGAGACAAUGCCUUUUGCACCCAAUGUUGUCAUUUGGGGAUCCCUUAUGUCUGCUUGUCGAAUGCACGCUGAGACUGAAUUAGGAGAAUCUGCUGCCAAAAGGCUACUUGAGAUUAAGCCAGAUCACCAUGGAGCUCUUGUGCUACUAUCAAAUAUUUAUGCCAAAGAAAGGAAGUGGCAAGAUGUUGGGGAUUUGAGGCAAUUAAUGAAAGAAAGAGGUAUAUAUAAGGAAAGGGGAUGUAGUAGGAUUGAAUUGAACAAUGAGGUGCAUGAAUUUUUAGUGGCAGAUAGAAAUCACAAACAAGCAGACGAGAUAUAUAAAACGUUGGACGAGGUGGUUAGUCGAUUAAAGUCGGGUGGCUAUGCUCCAAAUAUCGGUAGUGUUUUGGUAGACUUAGAAGAGGAAGAAAAAAAGGAGGUGGUUCUAUGGCAUAGUGAGAAGUUAGCACUUUGUUAUGGGCUCAUAAAUGGGGAAAGAGAUUCAUGCAUUCGGAUAAUUAAGAAUCUUAGAGUUUGCGAGGACUGCCAUACUUUUAUGAAGUUAGUUUCGAAGGUGUACGGGAGGGAGAUUGUUGUCAGGGAUAGGACAAGGUUCCACCAUUAUAGAGAUGGAGUUUGUUCUUGUAGAGACUAUUGGUGAUGUUUCCUGACCCUUCUCUCGUCUGUUUGAUCCCAAAUAGUGAAAUUCUAUAGUGCUUAAGAAUUGUAUGUGAUUGGCCUUGUUAGGAGUUGCUUGGAAC